AUGCGUACCCACUUCUUCGGGCGACUGGCAUGCUGGAUGUCGGCAGACGGUUUAGCACGUUGGUCGUUGAGUUGGCGCUGGCAGAUGUGUGGCUUGGUUCUUACCUGGUGGUCGAUCUCCGCUGCAGUGACAGUUGUCAUGAAGCAGACAGUGGGGAGGGAUGGCAGCUACCAGUUCCCCUUUGCCUUGACGGCGAUGACUAAUGGAGUUUGUGGGUGGAUGUCGGUAUUGGCGUGCCGCAGCAAGCGCACGAAGACUGCACGGAGGAACAGCUUGCUCCGCUGGGUCGAUAUCGUGAAGUUAGUUGGUCUGGGCGUUAUCCAGGGAAUUGAGAUUGGAAUGUCCAACAAAUCCCUGGAGUACUUGUCCGUGUCCACUCGAACCAUACUAAGCUCGUUGAGCGUAUUUUUCAUGAUGAUGUCGGCACAGCUUUGGGGCUUGGAGCACCUGGACCGUCUUCGGAUUUGCAGCGCAUGCUGUCAGGUUCUCGGAGGGCUCUUGCAUGCAAUCGGUGCUUCACAUGAUAGUGGGGAGCAUCCCGUUGGCACCCAGAUCCGUGGAAUGCUAUUGCAACUGUUCACCCUCAUGUUGGCCUCACAGCGCUGGGUGAUGCUGCAGUUCCUCAUGCAAAAAUCUAAACUUCACCUUUGCAAACUUGAGUUAGCUGCUUUCAUAAUGCCAGUAACCUCCCUGGUGUGUUUCGUUUUGGCUGCUAUCUUUGAGCGCGAUGCUUUCGACUGGCCCCUGAUGCAAGAAGCUGGUCUGCCUUGGACCGUUGCCUCUGUCGCAUGCGGCAUUGGCAUCCUGACGGUCGCCGAGCUCCGGUUGGUUCACAUUUCCUCCGCCGUUGCCUUGCAAGUUCUGGGGACAUUGCAUCAAAUACCUCUGGUGAUUACUGGCGUCGUUUGGUUCCAAGAUCCAGUUGAUUUGGAGAGUGCAUUGGGCUUCUUGUGCUGCAUUUGCGGCGCCCUUUGCUAUGCUCGAGCUAAGCAUCUACCACUGGACAGAACGGAUCUUAACGGCAAGGACUCUCAAACUGCGGACCGAAGUCUUCAGCUGGAUGAAUAG